AUGAGCUACGGGGUGUCGUUGGACGACCUCCGCUCCUUGAUGGAGUGCCGAGGCGCCGAAGGCAAGGAGCGCAUCGAUACCGACUACGGCGGCACCGAAGGCCUAUGCAAGCGGCUGAACACGGACCCCGUGAACGGGAUCCCGAACACGACCGAAGAGCUGGAGCGCCGGCGACAAGUCUACGGCGCCAAUGAAAUCCCACCUCAUCCGCCCAAGGGCUUCCUGACGCUGGUCUGGGAAGCGCUUCAGGACGCGACCUUAAUCAUCUUGUUAGUUAGUGCCUUUAUUUCAUUAGCUUUGUCGUUUUAUCGACCGCCCGACGAUGGCACAGGUAAGGGAUGGGUAUAGUAGACCUAAUUGUUGAAAACAUUUUUUUAAUUAAAAUUUGUUUUAAAAAAAUUUUAAAAAAUUUUGUUUUCAUUAACAUGCCACUUAUGUUUUGAUGCCAUAUUCUCUAUUGAUAUCGCUAUCAAUUUUUUUCCGUUCCAGGCCAAGACGAGUCGGAGCACGAUGCCGGCUGGAUCGAGGGUGUCGCCAUCCUCAUCUCAGUAGUUGUUGUAGUAUUGGUAACGGCAUUAAACGAUUAUACGAAAGAAAAACAAUUCCGCGGACUUCAGGCUAAAAUCGAAACCGAACACAAGUUUUCGGUGAUUCGUGAUGGACAUUCGAUUCAAAUCGUCGUCAACGAACUUGUGGUGGGAGAUAUUGCUCAAAUCAAAUAUGGUAAGGGGUUUAUGUCAGAGAUUUUACUUGAUAUUUAGGUAAAGAUAGAAAGGUGUAAAUUGUGGCGUAGUUAGUCAAUAUCAAUGGAUUUUGUUUGUUCAAAAAUUUUUUAGAAAAUUUUUUGGAAAAAGUUGAACGUAGCCCCCUGUUGAAUAAAAAAAAUUUUUUUUGAUUUUUUUUCUAAAAUGGAAAGUCUUCUAACCACAACUUGUACUGAUAAAACUAAAUUACCUUACAGGUGACCUCUUACCCGCCGACGGUAUCCUGAUCCAAGCCAACGACCUGAAAAUCGACGAGUCUUCAUUGACCGGCGAAUCCGAUUUGAUCCGAAAAUCCCCUGACCACGACCCCAUGCUCCUGUCCGGUACUCACGUUAUGGAAGGCAGUGGUAAAAUGCUGGUAUCAGCCGUGGGUGUGAACUCCCAAACUGGUAUCAUUAUGACAUUGCUUGGAGCGGCCAAGACCGUGGCCGAAGAAGAGCGGAAGCAGCAGAAGCGCGAAGGUUUGUUUUGGGGUUGUCGGGCGUUUCGUUGCUCUAUCUUGUGUUCGGUUCUGUUGCAUGGCUGUAUACUAUUACGUACUAUACGCUCGAGUUGUUGGCUAGUUGGUGUACUAGGCUGAAGGGUUUGAGGGUUAAAAAUGAAGAGGAUUGGGCUAGAAGAAGGUUGAUUUAGACUGAUAUUAACCUUGAUAUAAAGGUUUAAAAAAAAGUUUUUGGGUUUUGAAAAGGUCAUAGUAUGAUAAUUUGAAAAAGGUCACAGUAUUAUGUACAAUUUGCUGAACAAAGUAAAAAUAUUGUUGUUUUAGGCUACAAAAUGAAGUUUUCAAAAUUUUGAACUUGUUAAACAAUACAACUUUUAAAAAGUCGCUUAUUAGCUAACGUGGUAAGCUUAAGUAUAUUGCUUACUGUACUUUUGCAAAAUUCUAUUUUAACUCCGCUACUUACCUUUAACAACAUUAUUAGUUAAAAAGGCGUUUUCAAAAAGUACUUUAUUAGUACUCAACUUUUUAGUACGCUUUUUAGUACUAUAUUAUAAACAAGUUUCAAAUUUUAAACCGCAGGUCGCUAACACAUUUCGUACUUUACAAACCGUCCUAUCAUGUUAACAUUGCCAUAUUUUUUCAAUUUCAAAGUGCUGAACUAUCCGUUUUCCGAUGAAUUUCAAAGGUUUUUCGUUGUGACGCUUUGGUGUAUUCGAAAUCGAAACAAAACUUAAAUUUUGCCUGUUUUAGAUCGACGUACUCGACGUAAAAGCAAGGCAUCAGGUAAGCGGAGUACUAUACAUUGUCUCUGUACAACCGUAAUAACUUGUCUGUGAAACAUGUCUAACAUCUUAGCAUUGCCCUUUGCUUAUCCUUAUAUAUUCCUUGGUUUUAUAGUACUAGGUAGUAGUAAAAACGAGUACGAGUCAUUAUACAUAUCUAAGUGCUGUGUUAGAUCUUUCUUUAUAACGAAACUGCACGAGAAUCUUUAGUAUUAACUACUUUUUUAUACUAAAUUUUACCUAACAUUUUAUAUUUUAUACUAUUCUUAGUAUGACUUACAGUACCAUACUGAAUAGUACAGUACAAUUUAAAAUAACAUGCACAAGUUUUAUUUUUUCCACAGUUGCUUUUGAUCUACAAAUAAUUGAGUUACCAUCAACCUUUUCCGUUAUUAAUUCCUUCUGUACUAAUCAGUUUCAACAGUAACAUUAUCCUUUAUAUUAACAUUGGUUUACAGUGCGAAUCCGACGUUCCAUUCCAUACGCUGGAAGUUUGGAAGGUAAGAUGGUGUGAUUCAUUGGGUGGUGGAUCUUUUUUGGUACUUUAGGGUUAUAAAUUUUAUUUUUUUAACUUUUAAGCUUAAUAUGGAAGAGUCAAACAGAAUGCCAAAAGCUGGCGGGAUUAUAUGAAGUUUGAAUUUUCUUUAUUUAAAAGAACAAUAAAAACACAUUUUAAUUACUAAAAAACAAUAAAACAUAUGUUUUAGUACUAUACAGUAUCUGAAAAUGUCUAAAAAUUUUGUUUGAACACAGUGCCAAAUAUUGCCAAUUUGGCGGAAUUUUGAAAAUUUAAAUUUUUUUAGUUUUUUUAUUUACAAAAAGUAGUAUAAAACACGUUUUUACUUCAUAAACUUCAUAUAGUUGACAAAAAACUAAAUUGCAACACAAUGCCAAGCAUUGCUAAUUUGGCGGGAUUUUUGAAACUAAAAUUUUUUAGAUUAGUUUUAGACUAAUUUUUAAAAGUACAGUAGAAAAAUAAAAAUUUUAGAUAAAUUUUAAUAAUUUUCAAAUCAAUAAUUAGCUCUCAAAACGUAGUAUCGUAACGAUUUAGUUAUAGUCGACUGUCGUAUGUGCCAUAUACUAUGUUAUGUUCGUUUCGUAUUACUAUAUCACGUGUGAGGUGUCGCCAAUUUAUAUAUGCUUUUUAACGUCUCACUAAUAAUUUUUGACAAUUAGUAUAAUAGUAGUAACGAAGUUAUGGCUACUAUUUCACGAUCGUAUUUUACAAGGUCUUUCUCUUAUAAUUUAUUCGUCAGCUUAAUAUUUGGUAAAAGGUGCAGUAAUAGGUGAUUAUUUGUGGUACGGUAUAUGUGAUGCAUCAGAACUGAACACAACAAUAUUUUUUUUUGAUUUUUUAACUAUGGUAAAGAUUGUUCAAAUAAUUUUGCGCCCCUAACUCCAAAAAUUAGCUUUAAAACGGAGCGCAGGAUUUUUUGAACAGCCUAAUAAACUGUCUUAAUAAAUUUGAAUUUUUGAAGUUUUUUGAAAAUUUUCAAAAAUAAAAUCAAAAAAAAAUAAAAUUGCUUAAUCACGUUGUCAGAAGCGGUCUAAAGGCUUUGUUGUGCUGAAUUGAUUUGUUUCUUCAGGCGUUGAACCACCCGCCAUCACUGUGGAUGACGGUACCAAACAAGCCCUCCUCACCGAAGAUCGUAAGUUGAUCAGUGUUGUAAGACUAUAUAUGGCUUUUAAUUUUGAGUACUUUUAUUGUAAGGUAGUCGUUUUUGUAUGCGAGUCAAUAUUUUUCGUUGCAUACUGAAGGUAGGGUAAAAUUUGAGUAAAAACAAGAGUUAUUAGGGAAUUUAUGAUAAUUAGUACCAUUAAUAAUAAAAUGUGGUAAUAAUUGUACCAAUACAUAUUUUUGGAUGUAUUUUCCUUUUUAAAUUGGUAAACUUUACUCAAAGAGACAAAGGUUUGUGAUUUUUAUAACGUUUUUUAUUCCUGCAGCCCGCACUGCCUUAAAACUCAAGGCCGCGAGCUGCGUAAAAUCAAAACAGAUUUUAAUAUUUUCGGCCGUUUUUGGGCAUUGUUAGCAGAAAUACGUAUCGUAAAGCUUAUUUUUGAACUUGUAAGCUUUUUAUUAUGUAAAGAAAAGCUAAAUUUUGAGCUUUAUAUUGUAGUAGAUGUUGUAGUAGACAAUUUUUGUGAUCUUUUGUUUUUUUGAGAGUUUUAUAACGUGAAAACAAUUUUUAAUGAUAAUAUAAAGCUUAUUCAGUAUUUUUGAAAAGAGAUUGAGGUAUAUUUUUUAAGGAUUUUAAAUAGUUUUUGAUUUUGAAGAAAUUUGUUACCUAAAAAUUUUUUUUUGAAAUUUGAUAUAAAGUUGAAAAAAUAUCAAAAUUUUAGGUGUUUUAUAACAUAAAUAUAACAAAAAACUCUGUUUUAUACUAUUUGGGUACUAUAAUAUAGUGUUUCCAUUUUUGGGUGGUUACUUUACUUUAGUUUUAACUGUAAGCACGGGUAUCUUAUCAGUUCUUAACAUAAACUAACUCCACUAACUUGUUUUAGACAUCAAGCUUGAUGGUUUCAAUGGAGCCGCCGGAGGAGCCGCGCUUCAGAAGGACGGUGAAGGCGAACAGAAGAAGGAACGAUCAGUGCUUCAGGCUAAACUGACGAGAUUGGCUAUUCAAAUUGGUUAUGCCGGAUCGUUUGUGGCUGCAUGCACGGUGUUGAUUUUGAUCAUCAGAUUCUGUAUCUCGAACUACGCUAUCGAAAGGCAUGCAUUCAGCUUGGCUGAUCUGCAGUUCUUUAUCAAUGCUUUGAUUAUUGGUGUCACUGUGUUAGUGGUGGCUGUGCCAGAAGGUCUGCCAUUGGCUGUCACGUUGAGUUUGGCUUACUCCGUCAAGAAGGUAAGGAUUUUUAUUGAGUUUAAGGUGUUGUUCUUUAAAUAUUGCUUUAUUUAUGAAAAUUUAGGUAUAAAAAUUUACAAAAAUUUAAAUUUUUAAAUUUAAAAAACUAAAUUAUUGCUAAAUUUAAGAUGAUGUUGGACAACAACUUGGUACGUCACUUGGAUGCCUGUGAAACCAUGGGUAACGCAACCAGCAUCUGUUCGGACAAGACCGGUACUCUUACCACUAACAGAAUGGCAGUAGUACAAUCCUACAUCAACGAGCACCACUACAAAGAAACGCCCAAAUUCGACAAUCUUAAUGCUAAGACUCGUGACAUUCUGAUCAACUUGAUCUCGAUCAACUCCAGUUACUCGAGUCAAGUCUUGCCUUCGAAACAAGCCGGAGGUCAGAUGGAUCAACUAGGUAACAAGACCGAGUGUGGUAUGUUGGGAUUCGUCAUCAAUUUGGGACAAUCUUAUCAGAAGAUCCGAGACAAGACGCCAGAAGAAGCCAUCUACAAGGUUUAUACCUUCAACUCGGUCAGAAAGAGCAUGAGCACCGUGCUCGAGAACAAGUACGACGAUCACGGUGGCUACAGAGUCUUCACUAAAGGAGCUUCCGAGAUUGUCCUGAAGAAGUGCAAAUGGAUUCUGGGUCGUGACGGUGUAGUCACCAAAUUCUCGGAGAAGGACCAAGAACGACUGGUACGACAAGUUAUUGAGCCAAUGGCUUCAGACGGUCUUCGUACGAUCGGACUGGCCUACAAAGACUACAGACCAGGCACAACUCAAGCCGAAAACGAAGUGAACUACAGUGGAGAUAUUGACUGGGAGAACGAAGAUGAUGUUGUCAGUCAAAUGACUUUGGUUGCCAUUGUUGGUAUUCAAGAUCCAGUAAGACCAGAAGUACCAGAAGCCAUCUCACGAUGUCAGUCGGCUGGAAUUACUGUCAGAAUGGUUACUGGUGACAAUAUUAACACAGCUAGAGCUAUUGCUACUGCUUGUGGUAUCUUGAGACCAGGAGACGAUUUCAUUGCUUUGGAAGGAAAGGACUUCAAUGCUAGGUAAGGUUGUUACCUAAAAUUGUUUUUUGAUUUUUUAGGGCUAAAACUAUAGUUUUUCAAUUGGAUAUUGACUUUAAAUGUUAUAAUACGCAUUCAAAAAGGGUUAAAAUAUUAAAAAACCACAGUUCCUUGAAAAAAAAAUGUUACCUAAAAUAUUUUCUUUGGUUUUCAGAAUCCGUGAUGAAAAUGGCGAAGUAUCUCAAGCCAAGCUUGAUCAAAUUUGGCCUAGACUACGUGUAUUGGCUCGUGCUCAGCCAUCAGACAAAUACGUGUUGGUCAAGGGUAUUAUCGACAGUAAAGUCUCGGAGAAUCGGUAAGAAAUUUUUUUAAAUUAUCAAAAUUGUUUUAAUUAGGAAAAUUGUCUUUUUUUUGCCAACUUUGGCUUUUUGUAAAUUUAUCUUUGUUUAAAAAAUUUUAAAAUAAUUGUUUUUGAAAUUUCAGCGAAGUAGUAGCAGUAACUGGUGACGGUACCAACGAUGGUCCUGCUCUCAAAAAGGCCGAUGUUGGCUUUGCCAUGGGUAUUGCCGGAACAGAUGUAGCCAAAGAAGCCUCGGACAUUAUCCUCACUGAUGACAACUUUACUUCGAUUGUAAAAGCUGUUAUGUGGGGAAGGAACGUCUACGAUUCCAUUGCCAAGUUCCUUCAAUUCCAACUUACUGUCAACGUUGUAGCCGUUGUUGUAGCUUUUGUCGGAGCUUGUGCCAUUCAAGAUACACCACUUAAAGCUGUUCAAAUGUUAUGGGUCAAUUUGAUCAUGGACACGUUGGCUUCACUGGCUUUGGCUACAGAAAUGCCUACGAUGGAUCUACUGAACAGGAAGCCGUACGGCAGAACGAGUCCUUUGAUUUCGCGCACGAUGAGCAAGAACAUUCUGGGUCACGCUGUGUAUCAGCUGGUCAUUCUGUUUGUGUUGAUCUUCGCUGGUGAAAAGUUCUUCGGCAUUGAUUCUGGCCGAUGGGCUCCACUUCACUCGCCUCCAUCUGAACACUUUACCAUUGUGUUCAACUCGUUCGUCAUGAUGACAUUGUUCAACGAGAUUAAUGCGAGGAAGAUUCAUGGCGAAAGAAAUGUGUUCCAGGUAAGGAGUGGGAGUGAUUUUGCGUUGUAAAAUACGUCUCUUCUUAGAGUGUUUAAAAAUUUUCAAAAGUUCAGUGUUUCAGUAGUCGUACUUUACAUUUUUUUAGUAUUAUACGGUUGACGAAAUUACAAAAAAAAAUAAAGAUGGUUAAAAACUAUCUUUUUAAAGUCAUCAAACACAAUGCCAAUUUGGCGGGAAAUUGAAAAAUUAUUAUUUUUUUAAAAAAUAUUACUCUUUAGGGCCUGUUUACCAACCCCAUCUUCUACUGCAUCUGGGUGGUGACAAUGGUUGUACAAGUGAUUAUUGUACAAUUCGGUGGACGUUGGUUCUCAACAGCACCAUUAAACCUAGAACAAUGGUUAUGGUGCGUGGCUUUUGGCGUUGGAGAUCUACUUUGGGGACAGGUGAGUACUACAGCAUAAAAUUAGUGUAGAUUUGAAAUUUAAGAUUUUUGUAGAAAGGUGAUUUAUUUAAGUUAAAGAAAAGAUGUUAAGGGACGUUUCGAAGUAAUAUAUGAUUUCGGAUUGUGGUUUUGGAAAAUUUUAUAAGGGUUUAAAGUUAAUGAUGACUUUUUCUUUAUCUUUUUUAAACUUAUUCCUGGUCCAAAAAUGCCACUUUAGAUAGUAACAACAAUCCCCACUAGUGGCAUCCCCAACAGCUUUACCAUUGGCUCGGGUGAGUGCGAGUCGGCCGAUGACAUCUUUAACAACGAGUACGAUGAUGCCGAAACACACGAGAAACGAUCUGGACAGAUCUUAUGGAUCCGCGGUCUGACUCGGCUACAAACUCAGGUUGGUUUUUGUUUGAAUUUGGUUGAAAAAUUGAAAAAAAGUGACUGUUAUGACAUUGAGGAGUAG